AUGAGGAGAAAAUUUUGGGAGGUUGCAAGAGCACCAUUUCAGAUGCUUUUGAAAGACAAACUGAAAGAAAUGGAGAAAUUGGAAACUGAGAUUAUUGAUGAUCUGUUCUAUUACAAUCAUCAAAGAUGGUGUAGGGCUUUUUUUAGUGCAAAUACUAGAUGUGAUGUGGUAGAAAAUAAUAUGUUAGAAACUUUCAAUGGUUGGAUUUUGAGUGCAAGAUUCAAGUCCAUUAUCUCCAUGUUAGAGGAUAUUAGGGUGCAAGUUAUGAAAAGGAUUAAAGUAAUGCAAGAAUUUGCAAACAUUUGGAUUUGUGACAUAGCUCCUACUGUGAUGGAGAAAUUAGAGCUUCAUAAGUUAUUGGCAAUGAAGUGUCAGCCCACAUGGAAUGGAGAUACAUGUUUUGAGAUUGUGGAAGGAGAAUACAAGCAUGUGGUUGAUCUCAAUAUGUUACAAUGCUCCUGCAGGGCAUGGAAAUUAAAGGGAAUCCCAUACCAGCAUGCUAUAUGUGCAAUGAACCAUAAGAGAUUGACACUUGAGGAUUAUGUGAUGUACGGAUAUAGAAAGGAGAUAUAUUUGAUGUCAUAUGGGUAUUUUAUACAACUAGUAAGAGGCAUGAAACUUUGGCCUGAGUCAAACAAUCCCAUUUUCCUACCACCAGAAGAGGAGAGGAAAAAGCUAGGAAGCAAGAAGACUUGCAGACGGAGGGAUGAAGAUGAACCGAAGAGGAAAAUAGGCAAAGCAUCAAGAAAACGAGUGAAAAUGACUUAUGCUUUAUGCAAAAACUCAGGUUAUAACAAAAGGGGAUGCCCUCAGAAACAAGGAAUGUCAAGUCAGACUGCUGAAUGUGUUCCAGUGAAUAACGAGAUGCCAAGCCAAAGGGAAACUCCAAUGCCCACUCAAUCUGAAAUGAAUGGUACUACAACUAAUGCCUACUCCGGAAAAGAGGCAUAA